UCCCAGCGUUCCGCGAACACAACAAACCAAGAUGGCGGCGGCACAGCUGAUAAGUCGGGGAAAGCGCCGAACCGCCGCCUAUCUCAAGGCUUUCCUCUCCUCAGACUCGGAAACAUCGCGUCUUCAGGGACAUCAAGACUUGCACAACCUUCUAGAGCACUUCUUGAGCCCGGAGAGGUCAAUCGAUGACCCGGAGAACCUCGAAUGGCUGCAAUGGUUGGUGGCGGGUGGGGAUACUCCAGAGGACUUCGCCAAAAUUGUAAGAAGACACGACAAUGCCACCACAUGUGGGCUGGUAUGGACAGCCAACUUUGUGGCAUACAGAUGUCGGACCUGCGGGAUCUCACCGUGCAUGUCGCUGUGUGCGGACUGUUUCCAAGCAGGGAACCACACCGGACACGACUUCAACAUGUUCCGUAGUCAGGCGGGGGGUGCGUGCGACUGUGGGGACACCAGCGUCAUGAAGACUUCUGGGUUCUGCCACAGACACGGCCCCGGCAGGAACAUGAACGUUCCGCCCUGUCCGCACGACGUCCUGGCAGUGGCGGAGGCGAUCAUCCCGAGAAUCCUGCUGCGAGUUGUCCAACACUUCCGGGACCACUGUAGACCCGGUAUAGAUGCGUAUGAAGCAGACAUGGAUGCGGUACACGAUGCGGACAGUGUCCUGACUUACCUGCACGACCUAACCAGGAUGGGAGCGGCCAUGAGGAAGGUCCUGACACACUUUCUAACCAACCCACAAACUUACAAGAACUUCACUUACGGGUCUACUCCAUCAGUCCAGAAAGAUGCAUUCACGCGGACUUUCGUGCAGCACUACUCUCGCGUCUCGGUGGUGCUGGUAAAGGCGAGCGACGCGGACACCAUGUCGAACCGCGUGGUGCACAUCAGCGUGCAGCUGUUCAGUAAUGAGGACCUGACACGGCAAAUGGUGGAGACGCACCAGCUACUGGAGAUUGUGUUAGCCGCGCUCGUACACAUGAUGGAGAAUAUACAGAUACAGAGCGCAUUACAUGAUCCUGAUCACAACUUCCACAUGGUGGUGAACUGUUCCUCCUCCACGCUGAAGGACCACCGCUAUUGGCCGCUCGUCAGUGACCUCAUCAACAUCCUGUCCCACCGGUCCACAGCGGCCAUGUUCAUGUCCAACUCCUCCCUCCUCAGCAUGUGGGCGGAGUUUGUUUCACUCUUCACGGGUAUGAACUUGAAUGUGCGGGAGUUGGAGCAUCAUGUGGAGUUUGAGCCCAACACUUACUACGCCGCCUUUUCAGCAGAACUGGAAGCCUGUGCCUCCCCCAUGUGGACCCUUGUGGGACACUGCAAACAGAAGAACACAGACCACCUGUGUAGGGCUGUCAUAGACAGUUGCCUUACCACACUACAGGACUGGUUUGAUGCCAUCUGCUUUCAGGAGACGCCGCCCCCUCUUCAGGUGUCUUUCCACUUCCCACUGCACAGACACUUGGCAGUGUUCAUCAGCCAGGCUGUGAGAAAUGGUGCCAUCAACAUUGACACCAUUUUGGGAGAUCCAGACUUCCUAGUCAAGCUGAUGGCACAUCCACUACAGAUACAGGUUGCCCUGUGUGAGAUCCACAGCGGCAUGUGGGUCAGGAACGGUCUUCAGAUAAAAGGUCAGGCCAUGACCUACGUGCAGUGUCACUUCUGCUGCUCCAUGAUUGACCUGGACAUCUUCCUGCUGCAGCUUUGUACCUCCAGACUGGACCCAGACUACUGUGUAAGAACUGUUCUGGAAAGAUUUUCCGUGGAUGAGUUCCUGUCGUUGGCCGUGGUGCCGUCGGCCCUCCCGAUGAACCUUGACCAGGAGCUGUCCAUGCUACAGGGGGCGCUGCUGCUACUCUGCACGCUGCAGUCCACACGGACGCACCUCGGGCUGAACGAGCGCGACCUGCUUCGGCAGGAGAUGGUGUCACAGCUGUGUAUGAGUGACAGGACGCACAGCCAGCUCAUGGACCUGCAUCCCAAGAUGCCGGAGAGGACAACCGGCAGCAACCAGAUGAAGGACUUUGAGGCAGCCUUGAAGGAGGUUGCAGACUUCAAAGCACCCAACUUUGAAGCAGGAGGAAUGCAGCAGGGCACAUACACACCUAAAGCCUCCGUGUGGGAGCAUGAGUUUGACCCUAUCUUCAUCCUGGUGAGAGCUGUGCACAGGAGAGACUUCCAGACUGCCAUGGACAGAUACACAACACAUAUGAAGCAGGCUGGGCUGAUGGAAGGCAGCGAGUCCCCCUGGCCUCCGUUCCGCCAACUGCAGAAGGUCCUGCACACCUACCAGGGCAUCAGGAAGAUCCUCAACAGCAAGACCCUUCAUGGCCUCCUCUUCUGUAUACUCUGGAAGGCUUUGACUCUGUCCCAGUCCCUGCCUGAGCCCAUUAUCUAUCUGUGUAUCUACCUGUUGGACAUGGCAGUGGACCCAAUGUGCAACAAACCAGCUGCAGCUGCGAAGGAGGAUGUGGCAGCAUGUGUUCCAGACAAGAGAUGGGAGCAGUGGUUCCCCUCCAGCAAUAUCCUCACGAACCUCAGACAUGAGAUCCAGUACAUUUCAGUGCCCCUGCCUCAGCAAGAGUCUAUGGAAGAUCUGGAAGACAUCCCAGAAGAGAACGAGGAAGACAUGGAUACAGCAUCUCCCACUCCCAGCCGUCUCGGCUUCACCCUCGCGCCAAAUGUCGUACGGGGCGGUAAUGUCGUGGUAACCAGAUCACGGGAAGGACAGACCAGAAAAAGUCCAGAUGCCAGUACAGCAAGUAGUGAGUCUAGGGAUCAGGGUUCAAGUAGCUGUGACGAUACAAGUGGAAGCGAACCUAUGGACACAACAAGUUCAUCAAAUGAGCUGAAAAUAGAGGUAAAACAAAGCAUACUGUCAAUGUUGGUCAAGUUGCAUGACAAGCUGUCAAAGGAUACGGAUCACUACCAACCACCAGAGACUUGGGAAGAUGCAGACUUGAAGUGGAGCAGAGGUUCGAGGAAACACAAGGCGCGCGACGGAGCGCAUGUGAUCGGCAGACUCCUGGACAGGAUCGCAGCAACGUGUCAGGAAAACCUGGACAAGCUGAAGCAGUUGUGUUGUAAGACUACCCCCAAGAAAUUCCACAGAAGGGCUUCAGACGGGGGUGACAGGGAAGAGAGGAGAAGGAAGGCCCGUGACAAACAGGCCAAGCUGCUGGCAGAGUUUGCUGCCAAACAGAGAACCUUCCUGGAAUCUACCAGCAUGGAUGAAGAUGACUCAGGAGAGGGUGCAUCAGCCGAGUCACCUGAGAAGGAGGUGGCCCAGGAGGAGGAGGUGUACGACUGUGUCAUCUGUGGUCAGACUGACCCCUCCACUCCGGACAGGCCCAUAGGGAGGGUGGUCCUGCUGCUGGCUUCUAGUGUGUUGGGACACAGAACCUCCAAAGAUGAACCUCCGAGGCUCCCCUGCAGCGAUGGAGCAACGUUGGAUAUGUUAAACUGUGGAAAUACCUACGACCUCAGACAGACAGUCAUGCAGGAUAACUUCCAAAUGAGUUCCUGCCUUCAGUCUGUGAGUGUUGGUUGGUUUGGAGGAGUCUAUGUGCAGUCCUGUGGCCACUUCCUCCAUUCUGACUGCCACAAGUCCUACAUUAGGUCUCUAAGGUCCCCAGACUACCAGCACACAACCCAGAACAUCGACGUGGACAAGGGAGAGUUCACCUGCCCUCUCUGCAGACAACUGGCCAACUCCGUGUUACCAUGCCAACCACAUCAGCACCCGCUGCAGAAGCUGGCGAUGGAGAAGAAGAGAUAUGGGUCUCACAAGAAAACCACUCCUGCAAAGGAACAGAUCAAAUCAGAACAGGAGAAGGCAGCCCUGGCACAGAAGGCAGCGGAGGCAAGUAAGCCGGAGGAAAAACAGAAGGCAGACCAAGCACAGGCAUCCACCUCCGAGGAGUUGCCAAGUCAGGAAGACAAACCUGAAGACAAAAAGGAUGAGGAGUCUGGCCGUGUGAGUCCCGAGUUCCCGCGGUCCAUCCCGACACCGUGGCGGCAGCAGGCGCACGUCAUGAAGGAGAACCAGACCCUCGACCCCAAACCCGAGUUCCAGCGGAUGAUCAAAGAUCUGGGAGAAGUGCUGAGAAAAGCUACCAAUGCUGACUGUGAGGAUGAUAGCAUUCUAAGGCAGGGUGUGGAGGCCAUCAUGGAGGAUAUCACCAAGGCAACGUACCCCAAGUACAAGGUCUUCCCAAAGAGCUCUGUGGACGAAAGUCUCAAUGUCUUUGUCCACUCUGUUGCCAGGACCAAUCUGGAGUUGGAGCUGGUGCAGAUUGGGAACACCAUCGUCAAUCACUCGUCCUCCAGCAGGAAAUUUGGCUUUGUUGACCUUCUGCAUGUCCUGCGGUUCCAUUUCAAUGCCACCGGGAUGGACAGUCUGUGGAGUAAGCUGACUACACUGUACUCUGAUGAGGAAGAGAGAACGUGUAGUGUCCGCUUGCAUCCUGAACUGCUCAUGCUGGUGGAGAAGAGAGAAACUCCCAUGGUGCUCCGGGACGCCUCGGCUCUCCUCAUCCAGCUCACCCUGUCACUGCCAUGGCCCAUCAGUAAAGCCCACUUUACGUGCAUAGUUCGGGUGUUGUUCACCUUGUUGUACACCCAAUCCCUGGUGGACAUCAGCUGUCGCUUCAGUGAGGAGGAGAGAAAAGCAUGGAGGGAGGCUGGUACAGAUAAAGCUGCGAGUACAGAGUGCAUGAUGACAGAGAGCAUGCUCAGCUGCCUGAUAUCGCACCUCGUGCACACCCCGCUCUACCAUGACACGGACACUGACCUGCAGCGCGUCGAUAUCUCCCAGAGUGUGUGGUCCCCUCACAGUGUGGAGCACCACAUCCAGAAGUACUGUAUCCACAGUCUCAGGAUAGCAGCCUUGUUACGCAGACAUCUGUUCAAGGAAGAUCUACCAGACUGCCAGAACCCAGAACAAGAGUUCCAGACUCUGGUGAAGUUCCUGGACUUGCAGCAUGUUCCCCUGCCCACGAGGGGCGAUGCCUCUGCUGCGCGGGAGAGACCGUUCACUAGCGCCUCCUGCCUGCACUGGGCCGUCCCUGCAACCCAGAUGAUCUCACAUUGGUGCCAAGACUUCACCAGCUUUGUCAACAGAAAACAGGGCCCUGCUAAGCUGCAGCCUAGAGGUGGUUAUAAGUCCCUGCUACUGAAGAACUUCGCAUGGCAGCUCCCUUGUCUCCUGCGCCCACCAAGUUCAUACGACAGCAUAUUCCAGUACCACCGUCAGCGCCAGUGCACCAUGUGCUGCAGCGUGCCCAAGGAACCGGCGCUGUGUAUGGUGUGUGGGGAGCUGCUGUGUAUGAAGGGAGGCUGCUGUAGACAACAGAGCGUCAUGGAAUGUGUACAGCAUUCCAUCAGCUGUGGUGCAGGGACGGGGGUGUUCCUGGUGGUGAACUCCUCCACCAUCAUCGUGGUGAGGGGGCCGCGGGCGUGUCUGUGGGGGUCGCUGUACCUGGACAGCCAUGGGGAGGAGGAUAGGGACCUCAGGCGAGGUCGGCCGUUGUACUUGAGCGAGGACAGGUUUCGGGUCCUGACUCAGCAGUGGAUCAGUCACAGUUUUGACCACAUGUGCAAACGCUGGCUGUGGCACCACAACAGGCUGUAAAGGGGGAGGGGGGCUUCUACUGUCAACUCUGUUCAACAUGGGGAAUAUCAAUUAAUCUCCAGGCAGAUUUACUAGUGGCAUAAACUUGCAUCAAAGCUGGCUAAGGAGUACAGCUGGCCAAAGGGAGUCAUCCAUACUCCUACUAGUCCUAGGCCAGCUUCACUCCUCUGGCAGCUUUUGAUACUAUCUUAUGCUACCAUAGGAUCUGUUUGGAGAUUAGAUAUCAAUAGCAAAGGGUACUUAAAGUACUGUAUUAUGUAAAUUUGUACUUCUUCGAUAAACUAAAACUAGCUUCAGAUAAAGUUAUAUACUUUAAAUUAAGGUACAUUUAUAUAACAACGGUUUUGACAUGGCGGUCCUGUAACAGUUGAUGUGUAUGUGUCUUGUACCAAGGAGGUUUAUCAAACCUCUUUGCUUGUACCUGGAUAUAUUAUUAUUAUUCUUUUGUGGAAUGGGGCAUUGCAACUUCAAGCUAAAGGUACAGUAAGUGCUGUGCACAAUAGUUCCAGUACAGUCACAAUAUACCUACAACUAAUUUGUACUUUAGCCAUUAUGGUUUUUGAUAAGAGCACACUGAAGUAUACCUUAUAAAACAGAUUGAAAUAAAAUACCAUAAUUGUAAAUAUAAGAGGGGGCAGUAAAACUAUUGGUUGAAAUUGAUGUACACUCGAAUAUAAGGUUCGAAUUACAAUGACAAAUUAGUUGGAAAAGGUUGUUCUACUUUGGUUUGUGCCAUUCACUGUAACCUAUGGUCACAUUUCCAAAUAUUGGUGUUGUGACAUUUAGUCCUUUAACAAAAUGUAUUAAAGUGCAACAUUUUCUACCUUACCUAUUUUCCCGAGCAGAAAAAGUCAUACUUUUUUAUUUUCUCUGACAUUGAUAAGAUAUGACUUGUCACAGAUUUGACUUUGACUCAGAAAAUGGCCCAAAUUGCUGCCCUUGUGAUACAGUUUUCCUACUUGAUAGAUCAAUACAAUGUCAUGUAAUAUUUAACCCCUCCCUGGUAACUUGUGUUGUUGAUCCUUCAGACCGGGUGCAGAGAUGGGCAGUGUCACUAUUAUGUUUUGGAAUGUAUUUGCAGAUUUCUUUAACAAUGUUAUUUAAGUUUGUAAUCACAAACAUAGGGGCUUCCAACAUUUGGUGACCAAUAUUACAAUGUAGGUGACCAACAUAAGGCAAUGUAAAACACUGCAUUUUUUAGGUUUCAAAUGUAUGUCAAGGUUUAGUGUUAGAAAUGUACCUUGAAGUACAUAAUGUAGUUUAUGGUGAUUUUUAUUUCCAUUUUUACGAAUCAGUUGUGAGAAAAUAAUGUGUCCGGCAUGAAUGGGGUAAAAUCUAAGUUUAAACUGAGCUCAAGGUAAAAAAAAUAGUUGCAGCACUUUUCCUAAGUAUGGAUUGUUCAGUUUACAAUGCAGUUGUUUGGCACCUAUAGUCUAACACUUACUCUUGGUAUAUCUCCUUGUUAUGCUGCUGAUAUAUAAGGAAGAAAUGAAAGUUGUUUGUAAAUGUGAAUGUUAUUAUUGUAAAUAAAAUCUCUCUCAUAAAUGGG